GCCUUCAGGUCUUUCUGGACUGCUCGCUGGUGGGAAUUGAGUAACCUCGCAGAGUACCUGGCACCCGUAGAAAAACAUGAGUGAUCACCUGGACGACGGUUCUUUCAUGUUCACCUCGGAGUCCGUGGGAGAGGGACAUCCAGAUAAAAUUUGUGACCAGAUCAGCGAUGCUGUCCUGGACGCACAUCUGAAGCAGGACCCUGACGCCAAAGUGGCCUGUGAGACGGUGUGUAAGACUGGCAUGGUGUUGCUCUGUGGAGAGAUCACAUCUCGGGCCAAUGUGGACUAUCAGAAGGUGGUGAGGGACACCAUCAAACACAUCGGCUACGACAACUCUGACAAAGGUUUUGACUACAAGACUUGUAAUGUGCUGGUGGCUCUGGAGCAGCAGAGUCCAGACAUUGCUCAGGGAGUCCAUGUGGACAGACUGGAGGAGGACAUUGGAGCAGGAGACCAGGGUCUGAUGUUCGGCUACGCCACAGACGAGACAGAGGAGUGCAUGCCUCUCACCAUCGUCUUAGCUCACAAACUCAACGCCAAGAUGGCUGAUCUCAGACGCAAUGGCACCAUCCCCUGGCUGCGUCCUGACUCCAAAACACAGGUGACUGUACAUUAUGACCAGAAGGACGGAGCUGUGAUCCCCAAAAGGGUCCACACCAUUGUGAUCUCCGUCCAGCACGACGACUGCAUCACUCUGGAGGAACAGCAGAAUGUCCUCAAGGAGAAGGUGAUCAAGGCCGUGGUUCCUGCGAAAUAUUUAGAUGACAAAACCAUCUACCACCUCCAGCCAAGCGGUCGCUUCGUCAUUGGGGGACCACAGGGUGACGCUGGCGUGACAGGCAGGAAGAUUAUUGUAGACACAUACGGAGGUUGGGGAGCUCACGGCGGUGGAGCUUUCUCUGGAAAAGACUUCUCAAAGGUGGACCGCUCCGCUGCCUACGCUGCUCGCUGGGUGGCCAAGUCUCUGGUCAAAGCCAAACUGUGCAGAAGAGUUCUGGUUCAGGUGUCUUAUGCUAUUGGAGUGGCCCAUCCUCUGUCCAUCUCCUUGUUCACCUACGGUUCCUCCCAGAAAACAGAGACAGAACUGCUGCAGAUCGUCAACAAGAACUUUGAUCUGCGGCCAGGCGUCAUCGUCAGGUAAACAAAUGACUCUGACUUGUGUAUUUGACAAAUACAGAGGAGACUGUUUCUUCUAAA